AUGAAGAGUCUGGCCGCCGCCGAGUGUGGGAUCCGUGCGCAACACAUCAAACUGCCAAGUGGUGCCACAGAGGCUGAGAUUCGGGACAAGGUCCGCUCACUGAACGAUGAUCCGAGUGUGGAUGGUGUUCUUGUGCAGCUUCCGUUGGGCGACCACAUUGACACUGAUGCUGAGCGCCGUAUCACCGAAGAAAUCGACCCUAGCAAGGACGUCGACGGAUUUCACACCAUUAACAUCGGCCAACUAUCCUCCAAGGCCUGCAAUCCAAAAUUUGCUCCUUGCACGCCUGUGGGAGUGUUGCGCUUGCUUGAGUCUGUCGGUCUGCACAAUCUCGCAGGACUCUUCGCUGUAGUGAUGGGUCGCAGUGACAUUGUCGGCAAUCCAGUAACGCACUUGCUUCGUUCUCGAGACUGCACCGUGACUCAGGUUCACAGACAUAGCAAGCAUGUGCAGCAGGUUCUUGCUAUGGCAGACAUUGUGGUCGUCGCCAUCGGCAAUCCACAAUUCGUUCAGGGAUCGUGGGUUAAGCCUGGUGCUGUCGUCAUCGAUGUUGGUAUCAACUAUGUGCCAGAUGCCACGAAGAAAUCAGGACAGCGCCUCGUGGGUGACGUGGAUUAUGAAUCCGCAUGGCCCGUCGUAAGUGCCAUCACGCCUGUGCCGGGCGGCGUCGGCCCGAUGACGGUAGCGAUGCUUAUGGAGAAUGUCCUGACCGCGGCCGAACGGCGGGCUGACCGAGAAGCUGAAAUCCCUCGCGGGGUGACAAAGCUGAACCCCAUUGUGCUGCAGAGGCCUGUGCCAAGUGACAUUGAGAUUGCACGCGCUCAGGUGCCCAAGCGCAUCACUUCUUUGGCCCGGGAGAUUGGGAUUCUGCGCAGUGAGCUAGAGCCGUAUGGCGAAGCGAAGGCUAAGGUGUCACUAGAUAUUUUAGAGCGCCUGAAAGGACGCAUCAAUGGCAAGUACGUCGUGGUUGCCGGCAUCACCCCCACGCCGCUCGGCGAGGGCAAGUCCACAACGACGAUUGGCCUCGCGCAAGCCCUGGGCGCGCACUUGAAGCGUCCAUCGUUUGCGUGCGUGCGACAACCAUCACAGGGCCCGACGUUUGGCAUCAAAGGCGGUGCAGCGGGCGGUGGCUACUCGCAAGUGAUUCCCAUGGAAGAGUUCAACCUGCAUUUGACGGGAGAUAAUCAUGCCGUGAUGGCGGCGAACAAUUUGCUCGCUGCAGCCAUCGACACGCGCAUGUUCCACGAGGCGACCCAGAGUGAUGCUGCCCUGUAUGACCGCCUCACACCCAGACAGAAAGGGGUGCGGAAGUUCUCGGAAGUGAUGCUGAAGCGGCUACGCAAACUUCAAAUUAACAAGACGGAUCCCGACACACUUACUGAGGAUGAGCGCCGCCGAUUCGCGCGCCUGGACCUGGAUCCAGCGAGCAUAACAUGGCGUCGUGUUGUCGAUACAAAUGAUCGCUACCUCCGGCAGAUCACGAUCGGCGAGUCACCAACGGAGAAAGGACUCACGCGUCAAACUGGCUUUGACAUAGCCGUCGCAUCGGAGUGUAUGGCUGUUCUUGCUCUCAGCCGCGACUUGGUCGACAUGCGCGAACGACUUGGCCGGAUGGUCGUGGGCUCCAACAAGCAGGGCGAGCCAAUUACCGCCGAUGACCUCGGUGUGGGUGGCGCACUAGCCGUGCUAAUGCGCGACGCAAUCAAGCCCAACUUAAUGCAGACACUGGAGGGCACUCCUGUGUUUGUGCACGCAGGACCAUUUGCGAACAUUGCGCACGGCAACUCGUCCAUCCUUGCGGAUGCAAUGGCACUCAAACUCGCAGGUCGUGAGGCACACGAGCCAAGCGAGCGAGCGGGCUUUGUCAUUACCGAGGCAGGCUUUGGUGCAGAUAUCGGCAUGGAAAAGUUCUGCAAUAUCAAAUGCCGGGAGAGCGGACUUGUACCAGAUGCAGUGGUGCUUGUCGCUACUGUGCGUGCGCUCAAAUCACACGGCGGCGGGCCGGACGUGUCGCCAGGCAAGCCGCUUAGUGACGCAUACACACAGGAAAAUUUGUCGCUUCUCGAUGCCGGGUGUGGCAACCUUGUGAAACAUAUUCAGAAUGCCAAGCAAUUUGGUCUCAAGGUGAUUGUGGCCGUAAACCGAUUCGCGUCAGACACCCCAGCAGAGCUGGAUUUGGUUGUGCAACGGUCACUGGAGGCUGGCGCAGACGCUGCUGUGCCGUCAGAUCACUGGGCAAACGGAGGUGCAGGCGCCGUUCCGCUUGCGAAUGCCAUUGUAGAGCAGCUUGAUCACACCGAGUCACAAUUUCAGUUCCUGUAUGCGCUGGACCAGCCGAUUGUGGCCAAGAUUGAGAAAAUCGCUCGCUGCAUGUAUGGUGCAGAUGGCAUCGACAUUUUACCGGAAGCCCAAGCACAAAUUGAUACCUACACGCGCCAGGGAUAUGCACACUUGCCUAUCUGUAUGGCCAAGACGCACCUGUCUUUGUCGCACGAUCCUCUGCGAAAAGGAGUGCCUACUGGCUUUAAGGUGCCCAUCCGAGAAGUGCGUCUCGCGGCGGGUGCACGCUUCCUCUACCCGCUAUGCGGAACUAUGCAGACGAUGCCUGGGCUCAAUACGCGCCCCGGAUACUAUGACAUCGACCUGGACGCAGAAGGACAGGUCAUAGGCUUGUUUUAA